AUGUCUAGCCACUUGAUGUUUGGCAAGCCAGUCAGGUGGUCUCUGAUUGCUAGGCAUUUGCCAGGAAGAACAGACAAUGAAAUAAAUAAUUACUGGAAUUCUCAUCCGAGUAGGAAACUUUACGUCUACAUGAGGCCCUGCAGUGAAUCCCUACCGGCCUCCACGAGUGUCACCAAAAUUACAUUUCCAUGCAAGCGAAGAGGUGGACGUGUGAGCCGAUUAGUGGCCAAAAAAUACAACAAGAUCACACCUUUGAAUAUUACAAUGACAAAGACGACGCCUGAGAGUAGGGUCCUCGACUCCAACGUUACAAACAAAGCUACCCUGCCAGGCCCCAUUACAGGACCAAGUGUCAGAGGAUGUGUGAAUGUGCAUGACUCUUGCAAAAACAGCGAUAUUUUCACUACCCCCGCUAGUGAGGAAAGUCUAGAUUCAAUCUUUGAUGAGUAUAUAGGAAAUGAGUUCAUGUUCCUAGACAACAACACCACAACUAGUGAAAAAAGUCUAGUUUCAAUCUUUGAUGAAGAUACAGGAAAUGAGUUCAUGUGCCUAGACAACGUUGUGAAAGCUAGUGAGAACACUGUAGUUUUAAAUUCAAUCGUUGAUGAGGAUAUUGGAAAUGCGUUCAUGUGCCUAGACAAUAACGUCACAGCUAGUGAGGAGAGACAACGUGAUACUUGGAGCUCAAAUCCAGAGAUGAUGGACUUGUCUGCGUGUUCCUCAAUAAUGAAUUCAUGGUUUGAGGAUGAGUGGAUAGAGACGGGUUGGGGGUGUAUAGAUGAAGGCCUUCGCCGCACCUCUCAUUCUUAG